GCCGGCCCCCGCUGCUGAUGGAGCUGCCCGCUGCCUCCCUGCUGCCGCCGGAGCCCCACGCUGUAAGCUGCUAAGCCCUUCCCAGGGCUGGAGGCAUCCUCCUGGGGUCGGGGCUGCAGGGCCGGGAUGCCCCGGGGUGGGUCCCACUCCUCCCCCCGCUUCCAGGCCCCACUACGCAGCUGCAGGCGGGCACAGCCCUGCCCAGCAGCGCCAGCCCCGCCGGCCCGGAGCAUCCUGGCAGCAUGGCAGCUGGAGCAGGGUGCUGAGCCAGCCGGCUGCCUGCUGCAAUACCGCAGUGCUGCUGCAUUGCCUCAAGGAAGAGGCCAGCUCCGCCGGGCCCCGCUGGGCACCCCCAGCCGGUGUGCCACUUCUCCCCACGGCCAGGACCAGCCGCGCCUCUGCUAUGUCCCUGCCCAACAGCAGACGACCUUCCACUGGAUCUCGAAGGCGCCCCUCCCCGCCCGUGAGCAUGCGGGACACCUACGGCACCUCCUCACUGAGCAGCAGCAGCAACUCGGGCUCUUGCAAGGGCAGCGACAGCAGCCCCACCCCCAGGCGUCCAGUCAAGUACACGCUGUGCAGCGAUAACCAUGGGAUCAAGCCCCCGACACCCGAGCAGUACCUGACCCCGCUGCAGCAGAAGGAAGUCUGCAUCCGGCACCUCAAGGCGCGGCUGAAGGACACCCAGGACAGGCUGCAGGACAGGGAUGCGGAGAUCGAGGACUUGAAGACGCAGCUGUCGCGGAUGCAGGAGGACUGGAUCGAGGAGGAGUGCCACCGCGUGGAGGCCCAGCUGGCACUCAAGGAAGCCCGCAAGGAGAUCAAGCAGCUGAAGCAGGUGAUCGACACGGUGAAAAACAACCUGCUGGAGAAGGACAAGGGUCUGCAGAAGUACUUCGUGGACAUCAACAUCCAGAACAAGAAGCUGGAGACGCUGCUGCACAGCAUGGAGGUCGCGCAGAACGGCACGCUCAAGGAGGACGGGGCCGGGGAGUCGGCGGGGGGCUCGCCGGCCCGCUCCCUCACCCGCAGCUCCACCUACACCAAGCUCAGCGACCAGGCGGCCGGCGACAAGAACGUGGGGGGCUCGCAGACCAUCUCAGUGGAGGAGGUGGGCGACAGCGGCUUCGCAGCGGCCGAGGACUCCCUGAGCCGCACGGACUUGCUGGAGCCCAGCAGCCUGCUGUCAUCCGGGGUGGAGUGCGGCACGGAGGAGGCUUCCCUGCACGGCUCCUUCAUGCUGGGCUCCCGCCUGCCCACCAGCUCCACCUACGAGAAGCUGCUGGGCACACCCACCGCGGUGGAGGCCGGCGUGCAAGCCAGCUGCCUCCAGGAGCGGGCCAUCCAGACGGACUUCGUGCACUACCAGCCCGACUUGGACACCAUCCUGGAGAAGGUCAUGAAGUCCCAGGCCUGCAGCCUGGGCAGCCCCACCUCCGUCUGGGUGUCGGAGAUGGACGAUGCGGUGCCCGGCACAGAGACUCAGGCCGAGAGCAAUGCUGGCACCAUGGACUUGAUGCCCACGGACCCCAACUCGACCGUGGUGGUGACCGUGGAGGCGGGGGCGGAGAUGCCGGAGGGGAAAACGGGCCCUGGCCUGACUAGUGGCAACCCCGCCGUGCACCAUACCGCCGGUCCGGCUGUGACCAUCCUGUGCGCCGCGGAGGAGGAGACCCCUGAACCCGGCGCGGAGGCUGCGGUCCCCAAGAGCUACUGGAGCCGCCACUUCAUCGUGGACCUGCUGGCCGUGGUGGUGCCGGCCGUGCCCACAGUGGCCUGGCUGUGUCGCACCCAGCGGCGGCAGGACCAGCCCAUCUACAACAUCAGCUCGCUGCUGCGCGGCUGCUGCACCGUCGCCUUGCACUCCAUCCGCAAGAUCAGCUGCCGCUCCGUCAGCACCCCGGGGGCCGGUGCCCAGCCCUAGCCGUGCCCCCAUCCUGCCUGCCUGCCUCACGCCCGCUCCGUGGCCCGCCUCGUGCCCACCAGACCACUGAUUGUACAUCUCAUCCACACCGAACCUUCCUUCACGUCGCUCGCAGGACAGGGGACCUUGGCCCGCUCGGAGCCGCUGCGACUAUUUAUGCAAUGGCAGGGAGGGGUCCUGGGGGGGCACAGACCCAGAUGCCCGGCCAGCAGGGCAUGGACUGCCUGCCAUGGCUGGCCACAGGCUUUGUGGAGCGGGGAGGACAUCCCAGACCCCUGUCCGGACUGGUAGACCCUGCACAGCCCUUUGCCCUUGCUGCUUCUGGACAGUUGAGGGUUCCUGCCAGCUGGCCAAGGGGGCUUGUGUUGCACUUGGACUUGUUUUUGCAGGGCCCUGGCCCUCUCCUGCACCUGCGUGUGGUGGCUGUAGCUCUCCAGUAGCAUUUUAGGACUGGCACUGGACUGCCAGAGACCCGGGAGAGACCCGGGAGGGGGCAGCUGUUGGGGCAGACACAGCAGGCAGCUCCCCGCCUAUCUGAGCAGGGUGGGGGCAAGUGCAGGACGCACAACCCUCCCUCCCAAGGGGCGCACGGCACGUGGCAACCCCGGGAGUGCCUCUGCUUGGCAUUGCUCAUCCUUGCUGCUCUGCCCCCACGGGGCUCACCCAGCCACGGCUGCGAGGGACCCCGGAUAUACCUCACGCGAGCCCCAGCCAGAGCUGGAGCCCCAGCCGGAGCCAUCUCUGGGCAGCACCCCCCGGGCUGCCCGCAGCGAGCUGUCCUCAAGUUCAGUGUUGCUCAUUCUUUGCUUUGCACUACGGUCACUUUCUUUGCAAAACCUCGAGCUCUCUGCAUUGCUGCUCACUGCCCAGCCCUGCGACGGGCCAGCCCGGUGCUGCUGGCAGGGGCGGGGUGUCAGUGCAUGCACUGGGGGUGGGCAGGGGGGCACUUUGCCCAGUUCAGCACCAGCUGGCGUGGCAGGAAAGCCCUCUGAGAUGCGUUUUAACCACUCAGACCAGAACUGGGGACCCACGCAGGCUGCAGCCCCCACCCACCUUGCUGCCCCUCGGGCAGCCCUACCCACAGAGUCACAGGCACCGCGUUGAGCGGGCCCUUCUCUUUUUGCAGUGACUUGAACUGAUGGUGUUUCCCCUCCCCGUCGCCCACCCCCCUGGGGAGAAGGCAGUGCUCUGUGCAGGCUUGGAGCCGGCCGGCUGGGGACCGGUGCACGGGUACGCGGCCCAGGGCAGACCCCUCUGCUGAGGUCUCCAGUUGCCCUGCCACCCCCUGGCUGCUGCCCCAGCUCCUGGGCUGGGCAGCUGCUGCAUGUCCCCGCGGGUGGGCUCGCACACGCGCCCCUCGCUCACACCCUGCUCCAGGGUCCCGAGCCCCCACAGCUGCAGGCGCUCAGCCCGGGGCGAGAGCAGACCCAGGCACCUCGGGCUCGGUGUUGUAAUAUAAAGUAUUUGGGGGAGAAGGGGGUGAGCUGAGCCUCUUGUGCAAUGUACUCGUGGGUCCGUGUGCGUGUCUGUUAGACUCCCCAAAGCUUGGCCAAGGAAACCAAUGUCCGGCUCUGUUUGAAAGAGAGAGAUCGAGAUCUUAUAUUUUUUAAAUACAGACGUUCCAAGCUGUAACCGCUCCUCUCGUUUCCAUCGUCCUGUAAUCUGUCUGUCGGUGGCUGCAAUAAACGUCAGUGGGUC